AUGGGUCGCGACACCAUUGGAGGUUUUUUUCAUCACUCAGAGGUACCUGAGCUGGAACUGACCAAAUUCUCAGAUGUCUCGAAAUACAAAUAUACAGCGGAGCCAGCAAUCAAACGAGUAAACCAACCCGAGCUCAAUCCUAGCCAUUCACCUCCUCAUGAAGCUCGUGAAGGGUUUGAACUCAAUAGAUACUACUUCCUGUGGAAAUUAAAUGAAUGGAUAGGAUUACGCCAUCUGUUCAUGAUUUUCCUGGUGAUCUCCUACACGAGUAUCGGAGCGCACCUCUUCUACAGGAUUGAGUCAGUAAAUGAACAAAAGGUGUUUCCUGUACGAAUGAAAGAUCUAAGCCAAAAGGUGUUUUCAAUAGCAAAGAAAUUCAAGGAUAACAGCUCAUGGAAUGCGACGACCAUUUUCAAUGAGUUUAAAAAAGACUACAAAGAGCUGCUAUUUUUUGAUAACAUCUACAAAUGGUCGACCUACUAUCGUACGGAAGUGCAAUACAAAUGGAAUCCAUGGAGUGCGACAUUUUUUGCAAUGAAUCUCUACACAACUGUUGGAUACGGAACGAUUGCUGCUGAAACCAUGACUGGAAUAGUUUGCGUCAUGCUCUAUACCAUGCUGUUCUGCCCUAUGACCAUGGUCAUAAGUCGUGAUUUGGGCCAAUUUGGCCUUGUUUAUCUGACGAAAUUGUAUGGGUUUAUCAAAUUCAAAUUCACUUCCGCUUACGAAAAGGCGAAAGUCUCGGCUGAUGACCUUAUCAUAGUGCCUAUAAAGUACGGUUGGCUGGCAAUGUUCGGAUUCCUUGGACUGACUACAGUAUUCCUCUAUUACUACGAUGGUCUGACUGGCCCAGAUCCAGGGCUCACAUGGUGGGAAUGCUUUUAUUUCUCCGUGCAGACCUAUACCACUGCUGGAUUCGGCGAUAUUAUGCCGAUUAAUGUAACGUUCGAUCCCAUUGUUGGUGGUGUAUACAUCUUGUGCCUAGUUGUCCGUUGCCGGUUCUCAAAGUUGUCAAUCGUAUGA